AUGGAUUUGAACCGGUCAAUAAUUCGUUCCGAGGUGAGACAAGCGUUGGAGGAGUAUAUGCAGUCGAAUACCAAUAGAUCUGCAAAUGCAGGGGAAACAGGAAGACUGGAAGGUAGUUGUAAAUUAAUUUUUUUUCAGUGUUCCGCCUAGCUUGCUUAUGCUUUCUUUAAAUGUAUGAACAGACGAGAGCAGAUCUCAAAUCGAAUUAUUUUAGCCGUAAACUUGUUAUUUACAGCUUCCCCACAGAACACAAGUACAAGUACAACUAGCCAACGGCUAAACUCUGAAAUUGGACAGGUUGUAAACCGUGCCAGGGAUAUUUUAAGAAGCAAUCGAUCGUCAUUCACACGAAAUGCCAGCACGGCGUUUCAGAAUGGCGCUACUAGCGCGUAUCCUAAAAGACCCCGAUUGUCGGGGGCUUCACGUUAUGGAAAUGUUCUUCCCAAGGAUGUGGUUAAAACGGUUGUGCUCUUGGAAAAUUCUGGUUCUUCAAACGAAUAUCCUUUAAAGAAUGAUACGAUAAUGUGCUAUGCUGAAGUGGAUUUCGUCACCACAGAUGACGAACGUCUCGUGCGAAAUAAAAUCGUCGGAGCGUUGAAGACACAAAUACCUGACAUUGCACCGGAUGAUUUUGAAUUUGUUAAAGUCCUCGGCAAAAGAGUCUCUACUCCUGUUGUAGCUGAUGGCUACAACUGGGAUUUUAAGCACGUUAAAAACUUAUGUGGUCAAGGCAAAUUGUAUGUCCGUCUUAACAAACAGCAAGAACAGGAACUGGAAAACAUUUCAGACACAUUUGAAGCCAUCCCUGUGGAAAGGCCUAGUACUAUUCUUGCAGAUAAUAGGGGCGUGUCGUCUGUGAAAGAACCUGCCUGUCAAUCUGAGACAGAUGACGAGGUAUUUACAUGUAUUUGUGUGAUGUCAAAAGUUAUUUUGAGCUGUUAGUAUUGUCUUACUCUAAAAUUCUUAGCCAGACAUUCUAUUACAUGCUACCAAAAAACACAAACAAACAAACAAACAAAACGUUAUCACACUGCAAUGCGGCCAAAAUGGAAAUAGGGCAACACCAGUAGGACAUAACCGAGGCAAAUUUUACCAGUCAUAUAUGAAAUAACCCUUGUAAUGAGAAUAUUGCUUCAUUUUCUUUUUACCAAUGUUUUCAGAAUGGCAUAAGAUGUCUUCGUCAGAUGUUUCCACAACACGAUGAGGACUAUCUAAAAGAAAUAUUCAGUGGUUCUUUAGACCUUCCAGAUGCAAUUGAUGAAGUUUUGAAGAGUGAAAAGGAGCAAGGUUAA